CACACGGACGAAGGGCUCGGAUCGCAUGCAGCGUGGUUCGGCGCUGAUUCGAGGAGGACUCGCGCGGGUGUCGCGGAGCUGUCCGGGUCACGUGGCGCCGUCGACCAGCGCGUUCAGAGGCAGCUCCGGAUCUCUCAAAUCUCUACGUUUCCCCUCGAGGGGCGCCAUGACCGAAGAGGCCGGGGACGCCGCGGGCGCGGAUCCGGAGAAGAAAUGGACGAAGCGCGACCUGCGACACACCAGCGCCGUGGUCAUCUGCCCGCCGUCCUCGCAGUGGGGACCCAUCCAGGAGAUCAGGUCCUUCAACGACAAGUCCUACGCCCGCUGGAUGCCCCACAUCAACCUUCUCUACCCGUUCCUCCUGGACGACGACGACGGCGACGACGCGCCCCGUCGCAACUUCGACGCCGCAACCGCGGUGGCGAGGGAAGCGCUCAGAGGCAUUGAGCCGUUCACGGUGACGCUUCGGUCCUUCGGACGCUUCGAGCACGCCAAGAGCUGCACCGUGUGGCUCCACCCGAGCGAACCCCUCGAGGGAAACGACCCGGCGCGCCGCCACCUCGCGAACGCCGACGUCGACGCCGACCCUCCGCCCGUCUCCCGAGGGAUCACGUCGACCCAAGCCGCGCUGGAACGCGCGUUUCCGUUCGCGGACCACCUCUCGUCGAUAUCCUCGCACUCCGGAUACACCCCGCACCUCUCCGUCGGACAGUGGGACGACGUCGCGUCGGCGUCGGCGGCGGAGCUCGCGUUGCGGGACGCGUGGGAGCCAUUGACGUUCGAGGUGGACGCCGUGUACUUAAUAUCUCGCGCGGGCGCGGAUGCGCCGUUCGAAUUCAAGGCUAGGGUCCCCCUGGGCGCCGCCGGUGGGGCGUGGAGGCGGGGCGACGACGACGACGACGGUGGCGGGGGGGAAUGGUGGAUAGACGCGUACCAUCCGCCGCCGCCGCCGGAGGGCGCGCGGUGCCUGAGGCCGCGGCCGAAGCGGAGGUGGAGGGGUAAGAGACGGGGCAAAGGCGGCGGCGGGCGGGGCGACGGCGCCCCGUGACGCGCGGCGUCGUCGAGGGUGUUCGUCGGAACUUAAGGGGCUCCAGAGAGAACUACAGCUUGAUAGAACUUACAACGUACCGAGGUACACACCGACUGUCGCG